AUGGAACCUCAGAGAGGGGAACGCCAGGAACGUGAGCUGUCAGUAAUUGUGAACACCCCAUCGCCAGAUGUGCUGCACCUUCCCGACCCCAGUUUGAGUUGUGCUCACGCGUGCUGCAAGCGAGCCCCCCCCCGCCACGCCAACACGCAGGUGCGCGCCUCUCAAGAACACACGCCAGGCCGAGGUCUGCGGUCGCCUAUGCGUCCCCUCGAAGAAAGGCCAACUCCGUCCCUCAAUCUGGCCUGCUUCCAAUAG